CUCUCAACAAGGGCAACAGAAGAACAAUGAUUUGUUUAUGAACCAGAUGGAUUUUAUAUUAACUAGUUUAAUAUCAUUUGCAUAUAUAUCGAUUGUUCAAUUUCAUUCUGCAUGUUGUCCAGAAAUACCAAAAUGUGAAAUUGGUUUCAAUUCCUGCUGUCCAGAUUUCCGAUGGAAUGUAGAAAGCAAACAAUGUGAAAAAUGUACUCCAGGAUACAUUGGAGAAAAUUGUACAUCUAAAUGUCCAUAUCCAUUUUAUGGUGAAGCGUGCCAAGAAAAAUGUAACUGCGAAAAAGACAUUUGUGAUUUUUACAGUGGUUGUCCGCUUGUAACAACAGAAAGUGAAGCACUAUCGCCUACUCUUACCACUUUGACGGAAAAUCACAACUGGACAAGUGGGGAUCAUACGGAAACAAACUUUACCAGAAAAAUAACACGGCAAUUCCAGGCAAAUAAUAUUUUGCUUGUUCUUAUAAUUGUGUUUGGCUGUAUGGAUAUUAUAAUGAUUUGUGCUCAUUUAAGUGUCUGUUUUUAUGAUCGAAAAUAUGAUGCCAUCCUUCCUGAGAUCGGUGAUGCAUAUGAAAACUAUCCGGGAAACACUAUGUAUGAAAAUGUUCAAAUAAUAUUUCAAUCCAACUCAUAGGAAUGAUAUUUACACAUUUGUGUUUAUUGAAAGGUUUUCUCAGUAUAUUGAGCAAUAAAUAUAUUGUGAAUCGUGCUUAUUAUUAAAAAAAAAUUUGGUAAAUCACCUUUCUUACAUUGAGCUUUAUUCUAACAGUGUGCGAUUUGGGUACCUUAAGGUGGCCUGUAAAACUUAUACUGUUCAAAAUGGUUUUAUCAGCUUUGUAUUACUCAAAUCCAUAUAUCCUUCUGUACUCAAUAAUUCUGAAGUGAAUAAAUAAUUCGAUAGAUUACAAGAACAGUAUGUACGAAGGGCUAUCAAUAAGUUCGUGGACUAGCGCCAUAAAAUCAAAACCGCUUUAGGUAUAUGAAUG